AUGGAUGCUCUAUGUACGAAAUAUGGUAUAAAACAUGUACGUGGGAGGCCUCGUGCUCCUUGGGUACAAGGGCAAGUCGAAAGGAAUAAUGAUUUAAAAUCGAUUUUGAUUAAUCAAAGCAUAAAACGCUGGAUAUCGUCGGCAAGUUCUUCUCAAAAUUGUUUUGGACGAUAUCGCGAAUGCAUAAAGGACAUCGUGUAUGAUUACAAUAACAGCAUUCAUUCUUCGACAAAAAAAAUCCCUUUUUAUAUAUUCAUGGGUGUUGAAAAUCCUGGAAGGAUUGAUGAAGGGGGAAUGGAGCAACUUUUAGCCUAUGAUUCAACUGGAUUAUCAGAGGCACGAGAAAGUGCAUUAGAAAACUUAAUUAUUGCUGGCGAAAAAAUGAUUGAAAAAAGAAAAUGGAGAUACGACGAAGAAAAUAUCAAUGUCGGAACGACUGUGCUUUUAAGGUCUCAAGCGUCAAAUUAA